GCAGUGUCUAGAUGAAAGGUAAUGCUGCUUCUUUAUAUAAAAUAUUACCUUUGCCAAACCUUUUUUUUUUUCAAAGGAGAUAAGACUGGACUGACUGGAUUGGUGUAUCCUUAAGUGAUAUCUGAUGGUACUUCACACAGCAGAAUGAGUAAAAGGAGGAGGAGGAACAGUCGGAGGAGGAAGAGCUCCUGCAGCAUGAAACAGACCGUCUCGUCAUACAGUUUUCAAAAAAACAUCAAGAGUCCCUUGGAUUAUGUGGUUAAGGAAGACCAUACCACUGAAAAGGGAGAGACAGACUCAUUUUGCAAAGAAAUCUUUUUGUCAGAUGAAGAGGAAAAGGAGACUGAAACUUCUAGCAAGGAGAUGGCAUUUGGACAGGAAAACGAUGGCUAUAAAAAGGAAAAAACCAACAUUACAGUGCAAGUGCAUGAGGACAGGAAGCUAACAAUCACACAUUCAGUGACACUCAAUGACUUUGGAAGGUCUCCUCCAAAAAUUGUAUUUCAGAGAUCAGAUGAGUUUACAGCAGAAGAACCAGCCAGCAUUAUGAUAGAAGUCACAGCAUCCAAAGUUAAAUACAUGAGCUCAGAUAUGAGACUAGAGAUCAGCGAGAUGGUACAGUCAGAUAACUCUAAUGUCAAGACCACUUUAAUUCUGCAAAAUGAGAAGGAAAAGGAGAGCCAGAAACUUCAAACGCCAAACAGAGAAUAUUUUAUCCAUCCUUAUUCAUCGAAUCAAUGUACAAGAAAAUAUAAACAAAAUGGCAAACACUGUGAAAAUGUCAGAUUUAAAGUCAUGACAGAACUGAAGACAAAUAACGAUUCAUCAAGAAAUCCAAGCUCAUUAAGCAGCCAAGAAGAGAUGGACUGCUGUAAAAGCUGCUGCAAAGAUCACUUCUGCAGACCUCACACUGCUGGACACACAGACACUGAUUUCACACUGGUGGAUGGAUCAUCUACAUGUUCAUCACCUUAUGGGUUCUGGCUGCCACACAGACGGUUAUCACAACCCGGCAGUCAUAGCAACGAGACGUUAUGGGACAUUCCACCUCCACCCAGGUUUGCUGAUAAGGAAAGUGAUAUACUACAGGACCUCACAAAGAAUGUAGUGUCCUGUCAUAUAAAUGACAGUAAUGUGUUCAAAGAACAGGAGGACCCUCAGCAUGACCCAAAAGAUUUGGUGUCAAGUUGCCAGUAUUCAAUACCAAGGACAGAUAAAACGGCUCGCUGUACUCAACCUUAUGAACUUGAUGCUCAAAAAACCUUCUUGAGAUCAUCGGCAUCAGUAAGUCACAACCAUAAAGGGAAUAUCCAAAUGCAUAACAACAGCACCAAUUCUCAAUCAAGUAGUUACACCGACGUACCAAGAAAAAGGCGCAGAACUUACCCAGGAGUGGGGUAUCACUCAGGUCACAAUGAAGAAAGCAAAAGCUCAUGCAGAGGGUCUUUUUCCUCUGGCACACUCUCCUCAUUUUUCAUGCAGUCACUACUCUGUCAGGCAGAGAAUGCCGCUAGAUACCAUCUAGAGAAUGAGAAAGUAGGCAUUUCUGAAAGAAAGAAUCACAAUUCCUUCAGCAGCACCAGUUCCCAACCAAGCUCAAGCUCCUUCUGUGGUGCUUACACCAUCAAAGCAUACAGCUCAACAAAAAACCCAUUUUAUCCAACAGUGUUUGACAAGACUUCGGAAGAUGUCUUUCCAAAGUGCCAACACGAACAAGUAGAGCCAGCAGAGGUUGCUGAUCAGAUAUGUGGGGACAGAACUGAUCAGGAGAGUUCCUCAGUAGACCCACUGGAAAAGAGUGAGGUGAAUGAAAGUGGCUUUGAUGAAGACAUGAUGGAGGUGGAGAGUCCAGUAGCUCUAACUGAUGACACCCAUCAGAAGAAUCUGCUUAUCCAUGUGACCCCACCUUUGGUUUGCAGCUUAGAAGAGUGCAUUUCCGAUGGGUUCCACAAAGGAUCUAAAGCACAAAUAAAUGAGAGGCAAGAAGCUGUUAGCACCCAAAAAAGUACCGUUAUAGGGGGAUAUGAGCAGAGAUCUCUGCACAAUUACUCUAUGAGUGAAGACAUUGUACAAAACCAUCAAGCAGCAACAGAACCAACUUCUGUGUCUCCAACAAAACUCCUUGAGGACCAGAGACAACAUGUAGAUGUGGAGGAACACAAACAGCUCUCCCACACACGAGCAAGACGUACCUCCUCACAGUCAGCUAAGGCCUGUAGCCAAACAGAAAAACGUCUGAAUAGAACAGCCUCAGCAAAGGUCAAGGAGCACCUGAAGCCUGGAGACAGUAUUCCCAAAGAUUCUGAAGAAACCUCAGACCACUGGGCAAAGAAACGCAGGCUGUUCAAGGAGAGCAGACAGUGGGGUUCUACAGAAGAGAGUUCCAUGACUAGCAACAUCACUGACGAAUCAGACACCAUGAAUUCUGAGGACACCCGCUCAGUUGACAUGACACUCCGAGACAUUGAAGAGAGAGGUUUUUAUACUGAGACGUUCCACUCAGCAUCAUGGAUUUAUCGGGGAGAUGACUCCAAUCCAAAUGAAACGAUACAAUGCCUUAGUAACCGCCCUCGACCUAUAGCAGUUCGUGAACGAACUGUGAAAAUCAGCAAAGGAAUGGGAGAAUAUCCGUGGGGGUUCAGAAUUCAGUAUUCCAAACCAAUUAUUGUGACAGAAGUUGACACAAAUGGAGCGGCAGAGGAGGCAGGGUUAAAAGUUGGAGACUAUGUGCUGGCAGUUAAUGGUACCGAUGUCACGGGUGUGCCACACUCAGAGGCAGUUGAUCUCGCUCGGCAAGGCCCUGAUCUCCUGAUUCUGACCAUUGGCUCGGAUAUCGGUCGUACCCCAAAUACACCGAAGCCUGCGUGUCGAGGCUACCUGCACAAACGCACACAGUCCAGUUUGCUCAAAGGCUGGAGGAAGAGGUGGUUUGUGCUCAGACAUGACUGCUGCCUUUACUACUACAAAAACAAAAGAGAUGAAGGAAAGAGCCAUGCUUUGGGAUCUAUGCGGCUGGAAGGUGCAGUGGUGGAAGCUGACACCAGUCUGGGGAAGCCAUUUGUGUUCAGAUGUUCUCCUGUUGCUGGAAAUCGUGUUUACUACUUCUGUGCUACGUCAAACCAAGAAAUGCGAAGGUGGUUGGAAGUUUUGGAACGAGCAGUUCACCCCAUUACGCAGAAUCACGUGUGGGUGGACGUGACACGCCACAACUCAAACCUGCCUCCUCUGGCUGUGAAGAACCCCGAGUGCCUCGGCCUUCUAAACUUGCUGGACAGAAACAAGGACUCCUGGGUGCAGCACUACUGCAUCCUAAAGGACGGAUGCCUUUACUUCUACGCCAGCAUACGAUCAACGUAUGCAGUUGGUGGGAUCUACCUGCAUGGCUACACAGUGAAGGAACAACCUCUAGGAUUCAAGAGGUCCACUAUUGAGCUCAAACCCCCAUCAGAAGAGUUCAAAGUGUUCUACUUCUGUGCUGAAAAUGUCAAUGAAAACAAAAGGUGGAUCGCGGCGAUAAAGACAUCUAUAGGAAAAUGGCUGCCUUUGCAUCAGGCACUUCAAGACUACAUGAGUCGCCCUCCUGAGGAAACCAAAAUGUAAACCAGGAUCCAUCAACUGGUGGGCCCCAGUCCUGAUGUGGAACCACUCAUUCCCAGAAUGUUCUGGGGAAAGUUUGUUUUUGAUUCCCACAACACUCCGAGUUUCUGACCUGUUAUAGCUCAGUCUUGUUCAGGAAAGUUUUCUUUACAGAAACAUAACACUUGCGUGUUAUGGUUAGGGCAAUGAUACCCUAACGUUCCCAUAACGUUUAACAACCUUGCGGUAACCUGCCAUGGUUUGGAGAAAGUUCUCCUAAUGUUCUGGUAACCUUUAAAAUAAUUUGUUUUUCAAAAAAUGUAAUUUUAAAACCUCUCUGUUGGUCCUUAACAUUUUCUGUACAUUCUCUCUCAGCCAUAUAGCUGAGGAAUUAGUCCCUGUUAGCAAACGGCUCAAAGAAACAGAUGGGAAGCCAAGUCACUUCCCUAGUGGGGUUUAGGUAUGUAGUAGCUCUCUCUCUCUCUCUCUCUCUCUCUCACACACACACACACACACACACACAGGUACUGAAACGGGGGCAGUGUUACUAACAAACUCGUUACAGUUAGCUUACCUGCUAUUACAGGUGCUGUGUAAACAAACUCUGAGGGCUCGCGCGAGUCCCACUGCAGUGGCUGCUCCAGGUUCGCCAUUUUUGUUGUUUUCAUCCUCGUCCUCUAUUGUUUUUGUCACUAAUUUUAGUUGUCUUUGAAAUAUUACUAGUGGGGGAACGAUAUUUUUCUCUGAUUGCUGUUUGCGGUUUUUGCUUGCCAAAUGUGUGGGAGCCAUUAGCCCGAGCGUCCUUGGUUGGCCAAACUAUUGUUCAAAUUAUACCUUUCCCUCAACACAGUUACUGAAUAAAAAAUAUACAUUUAAAUAUAAAUAUCCGCUUACCUUCGUUAAAUAUAAAACAAUGCUUUAACCUAAUUUAUGUUAAUGUUUAAUGUUUAAUGUUUAUGCAGCCGCCACUAGAGGGAGCUACAGCCCCAUCUUCCCACCUAAGCCCACUAUUUACUGUAUCAAAGUAUUACACUUAUGGAGUACAAAGUAUUAGGGUUUUUUUUGUUUGU